CGCUGCCCGUGUCUCCUGCCCCCCCCACAGAGGUGGCUCACUUCAGCCCCGGGCGCAUGUCCGAGAAGGUCCUGUUCCACCUGCUGCGUCACCCCAGCGUCAACCAGGAGGUUCCCUUCGACCCGAACAACCGGCUGAGCGCGGCUCACUACCUGUACACGCGCAACCACCCGGUGGACUACUUCAUCCUGCUGCUGCAGGGUCGCGUGGAGGUGGAGAUCGGGAAGGAGGGGCUGAAGUUCGAGAACGGAGCGUUCACGUACUACGGCGUGUCCGCGCUGACGCUGCCCUCUUCAGUGCACCAGUCUCCUGUGUCGACCCAGUGUCUCUCUCCCAGGGAUCCCUUCGAGUCCGCCGACGCCACAAGUCCGUCCAGCUAUUGUCCCGACUACACCGUCCGAGCCCUCAGCGACCUGCAGCUCAUACGGGUGACUCGUCUCCAGUACCUGAACGCUCUCAUGGCGUCGCGGGUCGGUCACAGUCCAGAUCCUCCAGAGAUUAAGAUCCUGCCCAACAGUCAGACCAAGCUGCUCAACGACAGAAACUCACAGCCAG